AUGUGUAAGAGUUAGUUACUCAGUGUGGAUAAUUUUAAAGUUUAUACAUGCAGGGUGUCUAAAAAAAGUAGUAAAAACUCUUUGCUCUGUAGUCAGUUGAACCAUUUUUAAUCGAACUGGGUCAACUGACUGGACUAUUUUCUAAGUCGUUUUUACUUGCAAUUUUAACAUGCUCGUACGAUUACAAUGCAUUCUGAACUGCCAAAGCCAGAGGUAAUGAAGUUUGGAUUUUACCACAAAAUUAAAGGCCGUGAAUUCUAAAGGUCAAUUUAUUUGACAUACCCUAGCCUGUAGUUACCUUUGUUCUAUUUUAUACUUUUGUGAACUAAAACAAUAAGAACUAUAGGCAUGUGAGUUAUCUAAGGUUGUGAAUUGGGUAUAAUUUAAAUCUAAGGAUUUGAAUGGUCCAAAGUAUAGAGCGUUUUCACUCAUUCCUCAAUGACCAACUCAACAAAAGCCAUGGCGGCCAUGUUGGUCUUCCAGACAAAAGAGUCUAAUAUUAAAAUUCUUUUGAAUUGGAGCACCAACAUGCGGUUGUGACGUCACGUGCAAACGCUCUACACUGUAUAAGUUAUUUCCAAGUCUGCAGGUGGAUUUGAAGAUGGCUCACUUCGCGAAUUAGCGAAAAUAUUUCGUGGCUAAAACAUUUUAGCAAACUUUUGUGGAGAAUCUGCUCCCCAGAUGAGGCAAGUCCAACAUUAUUUAGUUUGUGCACAUAUAUGCAAAUAUAACAUUUGAUUUCAUCUGGCAAUUUUCAAUUGAUCGUUUGGUAUUUGCCGUAAAAAAGCAAAUUCGCCACGAAAAGGUCGAUUGCUAUCAACAUCUAAAUUUUAAGCGAAUUCAAACUCAUCUUCACUCUCGCUUCCUGAUCCUUUGCGCCUCGUAGCAGUUCAAGCAUGAAAUUUAUACGCCAAACAUCAACUUCAAACACCGGAUCUUAAUUUACUGCUUUGAUGAAUACGUGACUAGUGGUAAAAUUGUUUUCUUAAAUCAUUGUAAAGAGCACAAGUUUAAUAUAUUUAAUAUAUUUCAAAACUCGUGUAAAAGCUGUUAUAAUAGAGUUGUAAAAUAAAAAAACUUCGUUAGCGGUUUGACGUUUGCCGUAAACGUCAAUCUAAAGGUCUCUAAUAUAAGAAUAGGCAAACGCUUUGAGGCAAACGUUUCGUUACGCGAAACUGUGGGACAUUACUCUAAUCGCAUAUUUAAACAAGUGUGCGGAAGCUCCGAAUUCGUUCGGUUCUGUGCCUUAUUGCUUUCUUAUGCAGAAUUAAUAAUAAAAUUUCUUCAUUCCUUCAAAAGCUUUCAUACAUCCAAAUCCGGCAGGAGCUUUUCUCUCUGGACAACUGCGUUGUUCCCACAUCAUGUAUGUGAAUUUGUAAAUUAUUGUCUUUAGGGAAAUACCCUGACUCCAACUUUACAGAUUGUUUGGGAGCCUGGACCAACCAAGGAAAACUUCUAAAUCACUGGAUCAUUGUUAACUCGACAACGAAAGAUGUUAAGAUUUUAACAGGAAGACAAGGUGAUAAACCGCAUGGCUGAACUUUAGUUCGAUAACAUGCGAUAAUUGCUUUACCAAACGAGAUUUGCACGUUUUUAAAUCAUUUUACAGAUUUUUGACAAGAAAACGAUCAUCUGUAACGGUUUUCAAAAACCAGGAGUGGUAAUUAACCUAAUAAUAUACAUGAAAAAUUCUCAAUUCUGAUUGGCUAAGAGCAGUGCAAUUUUUUCCAAAUACAGUGCCAAAAAAUGAAAUAUAGUGAGCAAAAAAAGAAACACAGUGAAAAUGUUAUUGACUAUUUAGGCUUUCUGAAUGGCUUAAAAUAUUGUAGAGUGACAGUUGUAUAUUUGUUGUUUAUUCUGUUGUUGUGUAUUCAAAAGAAAGAAUAAAUUAUUUCCAUGAGUGACUUACGCACGUGACUGCAUAAUUUUUGUCAUGUAUAUUAUUGAUAAGUAUUGAUGGUAUGGUUUCUCGUGCAAUUUGAAAAAACAUUGACCGGUGAGUUUUUCUAAGACUUCAAAUUGCACUUGUCUUUCGGACUCGUGCAAUUUCGAUGGUCGUUGAAAAACUCCAAAGUUCACUCGAAAACGACCUAUUACGUAUACAUAUUGAAUUUUUAAGUAAUGAAAGUGAUAACAAAUUAUUCAAAUUGACUACAUGGACUAAUGUGCGGUCGGCUUAUCUGGCAUAUCAGGGAAAAACAAUCUAACUACUGUAUAUGAAGUGGCAACAAUUUUGAACCUAUCUCACCUGGCCUGGGGAGCAUUCUUGCAUUUUCAGAUACUACGUUUUGAUAUAUUAUUUUUUCCUGCUAUAGCCAAAAGCUGCUUUAAAACACCCUUCUUAAUAGGUAACUAACAUCAGGACCGUAGCUAGACCGAUAAUUGGGGGAGGGGGUGUAUAUUCAUAUAUUCGUGUUCUGCCCGACGGAUUUCUUUUGAAAGCGAUUGUUUUUACGGUAUGUGAACAUGAAUAUAUGAAUAUACGCACCCUAGCUACGGCCCUGACUAACAUUUCCUCUUUGUCUAAUAUUUUAAACAUAAGGGACCUUUCUUGGAAGGCCAAUUUGUUUAACUAUGGAGAGGGCAAACCAUAGUUUAUAUGUUAAAAGAGGCUCUGUUUCCGGUUUCCGGCCCCAAAAUCACCUCUCUGGAGUUCUCAUUACUAAUAUUUUUUCAUGCACCGUUGUCGGCUACGUAGUCCGUAUAGAGAGCGUUUGCCUGGCUCGGUUAAAUCUAGAAUUUGCAAAUCUGCUUUCUCGUCAUUCUCUUGGCGCAAAUGACUCCUUAAAAUAAACUUCACUCUAAUUCAUCUAUGCUGAUUACCCAAAUACAUAGGUGUUGGUGAUGGCUAUAUAGUUAUCGAUGCCAGCAGUUCCCAUUACCAGAAGGACAAAGAAGUGAAGCUCUACAGUGAUGAGAUUACAGGACCUGUUUGCAUGAGGUUCUAUUUCUACCUCUAUGGAAAUGAAACUGGAUAUUUGAAAAUCUUAACCAAACGUCAGAAAUCUACCAAUGAAGAUAUCGCUUUCACUCGCUAUGGAAAUCACGGCCAUAAGUGGAACUUCGCUCAGAUAUAUUUAGAUUUUUCUUCAACCGAUGUUUAUCAGGUAUUGUUAAUAAUUUUUCGUUCUUUGCAACAUAAUGAUUGUCAAUUGCUCCUCAGUGCGUUUGAUCAGCAACCAUAUACAAUUUUGAUCAUGGCAGCUCAUUUUAAGGGAACAAAUUCCGGCAGCACACACUUAUGGUCCGUGUGUUGUGACCCGAUAUCGUUCACUUUCAUUAAGCAUGUCUUAGAUCCGAAAUAUUUUUACGGGAACUAACACUUUCGAACACGCUGAGUUCAAAUCCGAAAAGUUCCCACUCCAUAGACCCGCUGUUUUCUCACAAAAUGCUAUUUUAUCUUCUGACGAUACACGAUUAUGUCACUCGAAAGGUCAAUUUCCUUUAACCAGUCUUCCUUCUAACAAAAGACCGGUUUUGCUCGAAUCAUUUUGAGUUAUGCAAUCUUAUGCGUGUUGGACGUAAACAACAUAUCUUGUCGAUUGGUUUCUGGUAGAACACUUACGAUAACCUUAAAAUAUAAAAUAACCUUAAACUAUAAGAAUAAAUGGUCACAUCAAAGACAAAGAUCAUUCCCAAAAUAUAAAGUAUAUGCUCUGUAAACUUACGACUGAGUGGAGAAAUGUGUACAUGAGCUGUUUAUAUGUAUAAGCCCUCUUUCCAAUAAUAUUCUCUUAUCGCACAGUAUAACACCAACUGAUGCAGUAGUUCAAAUGCAAUGAUAAGUUAUCUCUUGAAUUACGUCUCGGAAACUGUGUUGGAAAUUUAAAUGGUGAUCAGGCAUUACAUAAUAUAUAGAUUAAGGCCGUUUUACAUCUUUGUAUAAACCAUUUUAAUCGCCAUGUAAAGAAUUAUUUCUCAGCCCAGAGACAUAGCCCAAAGACUUAACAUUGACGUCCUUGUGAUUUUAUAGAGAUAGAUCCUGAAUUAAGGAUAUUAGAAGGAAUUAUCUGCACCUUCUCAAAGUUGUAGACAAGAUAUGUUGUUUACGUCCAACACGCAUAAGAUUGCAUAACUCAAAAUGAUUCGAGCAAAACCGAUCUUUUGUUAAAAGGAAGAAUGGUUAAUAGAAAUCGGUCCUUUUAAUUGAGUGACAUAAUCGUGUAUUGUCAUCGAUCAGUGUCGUUGAAAAAAAAAUUGCUGUGAAAUUAGUGAAGACAAAAUCAGUAGCAUUUUGUGAGAAAACUGCGGGUCUACGGAGUGGGAUUAACUUUUCGGAUUUGAACUCAGCGUGUUCGAAAGUAUCAGUUCCCGUAAAAAUAUUUCAGAUCUAAGACAUGCUUAUUGAAAAUAUAUCGUUUUCUAGGCCCUUUUCGAGCUCACAACAGGUCUAUUAUGCCUAUAUACAAUAUAAUAACAUAUCAUUAUAUUUUUGAUCAAAUAAUUGCUAUUUAUUUCAGAUCAUUAUUUUGGGCAAAGUCGGAGAUCCAAGCGUCAAGGCGAGCAUCGCUGUGGAUGAUGUAUCAUUCGAAAAUAAAUUUUGUGAUGAACUACCUGAAG